CAUUGCACAUGCGCAGACGGUUGCAGCGUGACACGCGUGUGGAGCUUCAUUGACAGAUCUGUGAAGCUUCUCGCGGAACCGGCUAAACCGUGCUUUAUUGUUUAUCGGAUAAGAUGUCGUGGCUGUUCGGGUUAAACAAAGGGCAGCCCGAACCGCCUCCCGGUUUACCGGCUCAGCCUCCGCCGCCUCCGCCGCCGGCUGGGGGCUCCGGUGGCGGCGGAGACAAACCCAAGGACAAAUGGAGCAACUUCGAUCCCACCGGGCUGGAGCGGGCUGCCCAGGCGGCCAAGGAGCUGGACAAGUCCCGCCACGCCAAAGAAGCCCUGGACCUGGCGCGGAUGCAGGAGCAAACCUCUCAUCUGGAGUACCAGAGUAAAAUAAAGGAGUACGAAGCAGCUGUGGAGCAGCUCAAAGGAGAGCAGAUCCGCAUCCAGGCUGACGAGAGGAGGAAAACCUUACAGGAGGAGACCAAACAGAACCAAGCUAGAGCUCAGUACCAGGAUAAGCUGGCUAGACAACGAUACGAGGACCAACUCAGGCAACAGCAAAUUCUGAACGAGGAAAACCUUCGUAAACAGGAGGAGUCUGUGCAGAAGCAGGAGGCCAUGAGGAAAGCAACAAUAGAGCAUGAGAUGGAGCUGAGACACAAGAACGAGCUGAUGCGCAUUGAGGCUGAAGCCAAAGCCCGAGCCCGCGUGGAGCGAGAGAAUGCCGAUAUAAUCCGAGAGCAGAUCCGCCUGAAGGCAGCAGAACACCGACAGACCGUCCUGGAGUCCAUCAAGACUGCAGGUGCUGUGUUUGGAGAAGGAUUCAGGGCCUUUGUGUCCGACUGGGACAAAGUCACAGCUACAGUCGCAGGUCUGACUCUUUUAGCUGUCGGCGUGUAUUCAGCUCGGAACGCCACGGCAGUAGCAGGACGUUACAUCGAGGCCAGGCUGGGAAAACCGUCUUUGGUCCGGGAGACGUCCCGAUUCACGGUGGCAGAGGCCAUCAAGCAUCCAGUCAAGACAGCCAGGAGGCUGAAGAGUAAACCUCAGGAUGCUCUUGAGGGAGUCGUCCUCAACCCUUCCUUAGAGGAGCGCGUGCGUGACAUCGCCAUAGCAACAAGAAACACAAGGCAGAACAACGGCCUGUACAGGAACAUCCUCAUGUACGGUCCGCCUGGGACGGGUAAAACGCUGUUUGCUAAGAAGCUGGCAAUGCAUUCUGGGAUGGAUUACGCAAUCAUGACUGGUGGCGACGUGGCACCAAUGGGCCGUGAUGGUGUCACGGCCAUGCACAAAGUUUUCGACUGGGCGGGCACAAGCAGACGCGGGCUCCUGCUGUUUGUGGAUGAAGCCGACGCAUUCCUACGCAAAAGAGCCACCGAGAAGAUCAGCGAGGACCUCCGAGCUACUUUGAAUGCAUUCUUGUAUCGAACAGGAGAACAAAGCAACAAGUUUAUGUUGGUGUUGGCCAGCAACCAGCCAGAGCAGUUCGACUGGGCCAUCAACGACCGGAUAGAUGAGAUUGUAAACUUUGACCUGCCGGGUCUUGAGGAGAGGGAGCGACUGGUGCGGCUGUACUUCGACAAAUACGUGCUGGAGCCGGCCACCGGAGGGAGACAGAGGAUGAAGCUCGCCCAGUUUGAUUACGGCAAAAAGUGCUCCGAGAUCGCAAAGCGGACAGAGGGAAUGUCAGGAAGAGAGAUCUCCAAGCUGGGCGUGGCCUGGCAGGCUGCAGCGUACUCCUCUGAGGACGGCAUCUUGACUGAAGCGAUGAUCGAUGCUCGAGUUGAUGACGCCGUCAAGCAGCACCAUCAGAAGAUGGACUGGCUGCGUGGAGAGGAAGAGGCCAAGAGCCUUACUCCUCCUCCUCUUUCUCCUCUUCCAGCUGGGGUGCCAGGCAGCGGUGGAAAAAGGGGUUUUACUUUACCCCUAAAGGACACUCCUCGGGCUGAGGAGGCGAUCGCUCCAGUUCUUGACAUAAAUCUGCCUUCCCCCUCUGACGGUGACCAAUCAGCAGGUGGUAAAAGCAUCGACCCAACUGGACCGGGCUGUGGAGCAGAAGCUAAGACUGUGAAGGGUGAUUUAAACCAAGAUGAUGGUGAAAGAAAGCCGGACCAAACUCCCCCCAAGGAUGGAAGUCCAGUUUGAGUUUUAUGGAUUCUGUCUGUUAGAAAGUUUAGCGUCCUCUUCACUAAUCAGGUUGUGUCGGAAGCUUUCUGGACGGUUGUCAUAACCAAGAUAACUAAUUACCUUUUCAUAACACGAACGAUGCCUGACACGUUCAUUUUAAUUUAGAACCUAUAGAAGUAUACCUAGAAGCCACGUGUCUGAUGAGUUACACUAUAAACGUUGUCCAAAGUCAGGUUUCUCUGUCGAAAUGAUUAAAACCAUUUUCAUAACAAA